GUUAUUCGUCAAUUCUGUUAUAACGUAAGGAACUGUCAGAAACGUUGUGAAGAGUGUCUUAUUUUUGUUAUUUAUAUUUAAAAUAUGUUUUUAAUUUAAUAUAUCUCUAUUUAUUUGUGAAAGAAACACCUUAUUUUUUAGAAUGUACAAUGGCUCCAAAAAUUAUUUUACUGUUUAGCGGGAAAAGGAAAUCGGGUAAAGACUAUUUAACAGAUCAUCUAAAGAAUGUGUUGGCAGAUAAAUGUGAAAUAAUAAAAAUAUCUCAGCCAAUAAAAAGCCAUUGGGCCAAAGAGAAGAAUUUGAAUUUGAAUGAGUUGCUGAGUGACAGUACGUACAAAGAACAAUACAGGUUAGAUAUGAUCAAAUGGGGCGAAGAGAUGAGGAAUAAAGAUUAUGGAUAUUUCUGUAGAGCAGCAUGUGCAAGUGCUGCUGACAAAGAUAUUUGGAUAAUCAGUGAUAUAAGAAGAAAAACAGAUAUACAAUGGUUUAAAGAGACUUAUGGGAAUCUCAUUAGGAAUAUAAGGAUAUUUGCAGAUGAAGAAACAAGGAAGGCAAGAGGUUUUAAAUUCCAAGUUGGAGUGGAUGAUGCAAUGUCAGAAUGUGAUCUAGACGAUUUUCAUGACUGGGAUUUAAUUAUUAACAAUGGUGAAGGGAGACAUAGCUUAGAAGCACAGUUAGACAGUAUUAUGAAGUUGGUUAAUUUAUAACAUCAGAUUGUCAUACCUGCAGCAUAAAAUUGUAUUAAAAUCAAGACAGGUUAGAGGAGAAAAUCUUAUUGAUGUUGCUAGAGAGGGUAUAUUUGUAUGUCUGAUAUAAGAGAGACAGUGGGCAAACGUUUUUUUUUAUUAAAUAUACUUGAGUAUGUAUCUACAGCUUUUAAUGACAUCUAUUAAACAAAAGAUGUAAAUGAUGUUUCUCAAAUUGCCAAUAACCCCCUUUUUUUGUUAUAUUUUAAUUAUUAAUAUGGCAAUAUUUAAUCAGCUAACUAUGCUGUGUGCUGUAAAGUAUAUGAUUUUUUUUUUUAUCUCUAUGUAACAGCUGAAAACAACUAGCUUUUUGUUAUUGCUUGAUCAUCUAUGAAUUGCAAAAAUUGCAUAUAAAUAAACUUAUUCCAAUAACAGUUAUUACUUUAAUCCCCUGGGAUAGAUAAAUAAAGAUGCAGCUUGUAUAUUUUGCUGUGAAAUUUGUACUUGGAUAAAUUAUUUUAAUAUGCAUUUCUGAGUUAGUGUAAGGAAUUAAGUGACUUUCAUAUUUAAUGUAAUAAUAUAUGAAAGUUUUUAAUAAAAAAAGUCUUAGUUAAAGAAGAAAAGUAUUGUUGGCAAAGGAUUAUUUUAAAAUGAUUAUAUAGGAAUGUCUGACAAUAAAUGGUUGACUUUAUUAUUUAAAGACAUACUUACUUCUACACACACACUUUGUUAAGUCAUGUUAUUAUCAAAAAAGGAUUGGAAAAAAAUACUAGAAUGGCUUGGCUAAUUGAUCUAUGUUGUCAGCAUUAGUGUAAGUAUAAUUAUCGAAUAAAAUUUUUUACAUUUCUUGAGCAUUGUUUUA